CCAUUGUUUGCGUCGCCUCUGGAGGAACCAGAACCGCUCUGCAGAAAUAAAACGAAGCGGACCUCUUAAUGGAGAUGCGUCCCACCGUUUCCUCUCAGUGGGCUGGUUAGGUAAAGUGAACCCAGAUCAGCUGCUGACUCAUUGGUCGCUCCGCCGGUUUGCGCCGUCACAACAACGGGGGGGGGAGAAAAGCGACGCAGCCCGCUGACAGCCUGCGACCCUGCGACCUCCACACUCACUUUGACUAAACCACUUGUUGUGCAGCGUGAGAACGUCCAACACUUCCGUCCUGGUGGUUACGAGAUUUUGAGAAGAAAGCGAAGAAAGAGACCUGUCCUGUACUAGAGCAGUUCCUGUGUCAUGUCGCCAAGACAGGACAGCCACUGAUCCUGUGGUCACAGUUAAAACAGUACUUCAUGUUUAAGUUGGAGAAAGUCAUGGAUGAUUUCCAGGCUUCAACACCAGAACAGAGAGCCUCACAUAAUCCCAAUGUCGAGUAUGUUCCCUUUGAAGAGAUGAAGACGAGGAUCUUGAAAAUAGUGGAUGGCUACAAUGGAAUCCCAUUCACCAUCCAGCGUCUGUGUGAACUGCUGAUGGACCCCAAUAGAAACUACACAGGAACAGACAAGUUUCUCAGGGGUUUGGAGAAGAAUGUAAGGGUUGUCAGCUGUGUGUAUCCCACGUCAGAGAAAAACGGUGCGUCCAGUGUAAACAGAAUGAAUGGAGUAAUGUUUCCUGGUAACUCGACUCUAUAUUCAGACAGUCGAAAUGUAAAUGGACCAGCCACACCAAAACCACUCAACAGACCAAAGUUGUCAUUGUCAACUUCGCUCUCCACCAAUGGGCUUCCUGACUGUCCAGUGGGCAAAGAGCCAGAGCCAACCACAGAGGAGGUGGAGGAGCAACACAUGAGUGAUCCCUCGCUAUCAGAGGCUGAAAUAACACCAAACAGUGGGACAAAAAACAAACACCUCGAGGAGGAGGAGGAUUCUGAUGCUGACAGGCAAGAGGUCAAGAGGCUCAAGUUUGAUGAAAAGGAAGAGGAGGAAACAGAAGAUGGAAAAAAAGAGUCCUCUUGUCGUCAAGAGUCGGAGAGCUUGUCAGAGAUGCCAGAAUCUUUAGAAGUGUCCUGUGGUCAAGAUAACCAAAGUGGAACGUCUUGUGACACAACUUGUGAUCACAAGCCUGUAAGCACAAGGACAGAAUCCUCUAAAAGGGAAGGAAGCUCAUCUGAGACAGGAGAUGUUCACACUAAGGAGGAUGAAAGCACUGUGGACGAACCUGAGCCGCCCGCUCCAUCAGAGGAGAGCACAAGCUUUGAACAGGACAAUGCGGAGAGUAGCAGCGGUGUCUGUGAUGGAGAGGACUCGGCCAGCAACAAGGAGGUCCCUUCUUCUGCUAGUAGUUCACCUGACUUGUCAACAGAGGGCGAUGCUGACAAUUCAUACAGCAAAGACACUGCAAUAGAGCCGGGGGAACAGCACGACUAGUCUGAAACCCAGUCUGCCAACUGACUUGUUAUUUUACACUGUAUGAUACCACACCAAUGGUAUAUCUGUAGCACUGUGGACCUUUAUUCUUCAGGACCAGGAGCGGUGUGACCUGGAGAUUCCUCACUGAAGGAUCUUUUGUCCUCUUCAGUUUUGCCUGCUCAGAGCUAAACAUCGCCCGGUCAUUAGACUAGAAGGAAUUGAUUCAAAGAAUAUGGAGACUGCUUUUUAACUGUUGAUUACAAGUUUUUCUAAUCUUUUUUUCCUGAUUUUUUUUUUUUUUUUUUUUUUUUUUUUCUGAGCAUUUUAAUUUAAUCUUGAUAACUAAUGUAUUCCCCUAAUUCCAUUAUUCAUUAUUCAUCAUGUAUUUCCAAGAGGGUGUGUCUGACAGUUUGAGUUGUAUUCAAUCAACAUGUCUCUCUCUCCAGGUGAACGAGGAAACUGCCAUUAAGAAUGCAAAGCAAAAAAUGAAGCACAUACCAUAAAAUAAUUGACUUUUUAAAAGUACGUUACAUUAGUUAACAUUAACCUUUUGAAAAUAUCACAGUUUGGCUUUGUUCCUUCAUGAAGCCAAAGUUAACACACCAUAUUGCCAGUCGUCACCAGUUUGGUUAGAUAGCUUCAAGGUUUGGCACAAGUGUAGCCAUCUCCGCAUCAAACACCAGAACACACGGUACGUUUACACUUUCUGUCAUAACUCUGUUGUACAGCUGUUCCCUUUUGAUAGCAAGGAUUUCUACAGUACAUAUCUGUAAAUCAAUUUUGUAGACUUGUAAUACUUGUGUCCACUGCCUUCGUAAAACUGAUAAUGGCUGGAAGUUGAAUGCUUGAGCUUGUAUCAUAGUAUUCAUGGAAAGCAAUAA